AUGAAGGCCACCAAGAAUCCUCAGCCCGUAUCGGCCUCCCAUACUGAGAAUGUUCCUUCACUUCAGACUGCCCCAGCCAUCGAGGAACGUACAACAAAGGGUCUGAUCGUCGGAGGAAAAUACCGGGACGAACUUUCAGAAGAGCACAUCCAGCACUACGACAGCAGCUUACUGCAAGAGGUCGACGUCGAUCUUCCUCUUACAGCUACAAAGCCUAAGCAGCACGAUGGCCAGGAAUUUAUCGUGCUUGACUUCGUGGAUGGAGAUAAGGAGAACCCCUUCAACUGGAGUUCCGGCCGAAAGGCAUUCAUCAGCUUGCUUCUUUGCCUCAUGACACUUUUUAUUGGUCUUGCCACGACAGCAUACAGUUCUGGAAUUUCACGCAUGGCAGUGGAUCUAGGAACAUCAGAGGAAAUUGGAAAACUUGGUCUAUUCACCUUCAACUUUACAUGUGCACUUGCUCCCCUUUUUCUCGCUCCAUUCUGUGAGCUGGCUGGUCGACGAGUCAUCUAUGUCGGUGCCUAUGUCUGCUUUUGUCUUAUGUUCAUCGGCCUCGCGCUAGGCAAGAACAUUGCCACGAUCCUAGUCUGUCGUGCCUUGCUGGGUCUUUUCGGUUGUGUUGGUACAAUCCUUGUUGGUGGAACCUUUGGAGAUAUGUAUACACCUGAGCAUCGUGCUAUCCCCAUGGCUUGCUUCUCAUUCAUCGCCAUCCUCGGUACAGUCGGUGCACCCAUCUACGCCGGUUUCAUCGACCAGGCACUCGGCUGGCGCUGGCUCGAGGGUAUCCAAGGUCUGGCCAACAUCCCCCUUGGUAUCGUUAUUGCAACUUGCCUACCCGAGACUCGUGGCAGUGUGUGUCUUAGCCAGCGUGCGAAGAAAAUCCGCCAGGCCACCGGCGACGACCGUUUCGUGACCCACAGCGAUAUUGAAGCCCCCGGUAUUAAGCAUAUGUUGCACAACUCCUCUGUCAAGGCCGUGAAGAUGCUCUUCAGCGAGCCCGUCGUCUUCGCCUUCGGUCUGUGGAUCAGUUUCGCUUGGUUCCUAACCUUCCUCUUCCUCUCCGUCAUCCCAAUCACCUUCCAAGAAAAGCGUGGCUGGAACGAAGGAGUCUCGGGUCUUCCCUACAUAUCCCUCUGCCUUGGAACCACUAUCGGUUUCGGUCUCAACUUCUUCCAAAUCAGAAAGUACAAGUCCCUCUCCUCUGACCCGAACGUUGAGGUCGCGCCCGAAGCUCGGUUGUACGGUGCCCUAUGCGGAGCCGUCUGGCUGCCAGUUGGUUUGUUCAUCUAUAGCUUCACCCAGUACAAGGGUCUCCACUGGAUGGGCCCAGUAAUCGGACUGGCCCUCAUCACUAUCGGUAUCUUCUUUAUCUUCGAGUCCUGUUAUAGUUAUACGGCCGAUUGCUACGGGGAACACUCUUCUUCUGCUAUUGCCGGUCAGGGUUUCAUGCGAAACACCCUCGGUGCUGUCUCGCCGCUGUUUGCUUCCCAGUUCUUCCACAACAUGCAUAGUCAGUACGCUGGAUUAUUAUUGGCAUUGGUUGCAACCGUCUUGACAUUUAUUCCGUUCAUUCUAUUCAAGUUUGGUCCUGCACUACGUGCACGCUCUCGCCUUGCCUCUGCCACUGUGAAUGGUACCAACUAA